GCCGGUGUGCGGGAGGGAUCCGCGCACGCGCGCGCCGCGCGGGAGCCAUGGCGGCGCCCACGCUGCCCACGCCGCGGUACGAGCACGUGGGGCCGCACGGGCCGUUCCGGGAGGUGUACGAGCCGGCUGAGGACACCUUCCUGCUGAUGGAUGCUCUGGAGCAGGACGCCGCCCUGCUCAAAGAGGCUCGAGUUGAGAUCUGCCUUGAAAUAGGAUCCGGAUCUGGUGUGGUUUCAGCGUUUCUGGCUUCCAUUAUUGGAUCCAAUGCACUCUACAUAUGUACAGAUAUCAACCCUAUGGCAGCUUACUGUACACUGGAGACAGCUCUGCUUAACAAUGUUCAUCUUCAGCCAGUAAUUACUGACUUGGUCAAAGGAUUGUCACCAAGAUUAAAUGGGAAGGUUGAUCUCCUGCUGUUUAAUCCACCAUACGUGGUAACACCUUCUGAAGAGGUGAAAAGUCAUGGAAUAGAGGCAUCCUGGGCUGGUGGCAAAAAUGGCAGAGAAGUAAUGGACAGGGUUUUUCCAUUAGUAGCAGACCUACUUUCAACAGGAGGAUUAUUCUACUUGGUUACAAUUAAAGAAAAUAAUUCAGAUGAAAUUCUGGAAAUAAUGAAGAAACAUGGCUUAGAAGGAACAAGAGUACUUUCCAGGCAAGCAGGAAGAGAGAGGCUUACUAUUCUCAAAUUCAGGAGGUCUUGAUAAUGGUUCUUAGUCUUUUGGAUUAUCUAAACAUACUGGAUAUGCAGAAAGCUGUUCUCAAAACAAUUUUUUAAGCCAGGAUUUUCACAAUAAAGAGUACCCUCA